AAAUGUCAUCGACAAGGAAUCUGACGUCCUUCUUCAGUUUUCCGUUCAAAUUUGUAGGAUUACUUAUAAUUUUUUGAAUUUUGAACUUCUUCAGUCUCUCAUCAAAAUUUCUGACCGUUUUUUUUUCUCCCAAAACUAGCCGUUUUCUUCAUCAUCUAAAACAGAGCCGAGGGUUUUUAGACAGCUAAUAAAGCAUCUCAGGUUUGAGGAUUUUUGAUUGAGAAAACGUUUUCUUCUUCGGCUGUGCAUCAAUCUUCUUUGUUCGUCGGAAUCCAGUGGUGGAAUCUUCAUUGCUGUUCGAAAAAACUUGGACCAUGAGAUUUGGUGGUGCUGCAUAUUCAUAAGAGAGCAGUUGCAAGAGACUUGGUAGAUCAGUAUGUAAUGGAUAGUGAUAAUGAGGAACAUACGAUUUGGGUGCUGGAGAUGUUUAGCCAAGAUUGGCUUUUUUGAUGGGUAUUGUCCUGAAAGUUGUCGUGGUGAAGCAGACCAAGGCCAAACAGGCGCUGUUAAGUUGCUUGGUAAAUGUUGCAUCCAGUUGCUUUUACUUUUGACACGUGACACUUUUAAAAUAAUAAUUCUGAUGUGUUGUCAUUUUUUUUGUCUGUGACACCCGCAUUGGGACUUAUUCGAGUGAAAGGGAAGCAAGUGAUGAUAUACACUAGUAUAUACAUAGAUAUACAGUGAUGGGCCAAAGCCCAAAUUGCAGCAGCGGAGACCCAAAACCUUAAUCCAGCCGGCCCAAACCAUCAGUACAACCCAAAAAAGCAAGCAAUGGAGAGAAAAACAGAUGCGAAAAAUAACAGAUAAGGUGUUUAAUCGUUUCAAAGAUGAAACAGGAAAAGCUUAUCUAAAGUUCGAAGACCUUUACAUUGCUGUUCUACUUGUCUACAAUGAUAUCAACAAGCUUUUGCCUGGUCCUCACUUUGAUCCUCCUUCUAAAGAAGAAGUUAGAGCCUUGAUGCAGGAAUGUGAUAUGAAUCUUGAUGGUGAACUAGAUCAUGAAGAAUUUGUGAAAUUUGUGAAAAGAUUAACAAAGGAUACCUUCAUCACUGUGAGUCAGGGACUGAUUAUUACUUUAGCAGUAGCACCAACAGUUGCUGUGUUAACAAAGAGGACAACAGAAGGAGUCCCUGGUGUUGGGAAAGUGGUGCAGAAAAUACCAAAUGCUGUUUAUGCCUCUCUAGUUACCCUUACAAUAGUCAUGUUUCAGAAAGCAGCUGAGUCUAAGGGAAUUUGAAAUUUGUUUUCUUACAGAACCAAGUUUCUUCUUAUGUGUAUAAGAUAACAGAGACAUCUGCUACACUUGCAAGUUGAUCUAUCAGCAUCUCAUCUGUUGUGAUUUUUGCUUAUGUAGAGCUCAUGUUUUUGUUGGGCAGUUCA